GGCCCAAAAUCAGGUUAAUGUAGUUAAUUUUUAAUCAUUACUUAUAGAUAACAGACCCCCCCCGCGGACCUCCAUCCCUCCCCACCUCCCCGUAACUACGCAGUGACGUAAGAGCAAGAGAAGAUGGCGGCUGUGCUGAAGGCGGAAGCGGGGCAGUGCGGGCGGCCGUGCGUUGUGUGAGACUCGCCCUUCAUGGACUCAUCGCCAUGAGCAGCAAGGAGAUGGUUUCCACGGAGACAGAGAACAAAGGACAGAGGAAGGUGUUUCUUCCUAACAAGCUGUUGGAGUGUCUCCCCCGCUCGUCCACUCUGCCUAACGAGCGGCUGAGGUGGAACACUAACGAGGAGAUCGCUUCUUACCUGAUAUCGUUUGACAGACAUGAUGAGUGGCUCUCCUGCACUUUGAAAACCAGGCCGAAGAACGGCAGCAUCAUCCUGUACAACAGAAAGAAGGUGAAGUACAGGAAGGAUGGAUACUGCUGGAAGAAGAGGAAGGAUGGAAAGACGACGAGAGAGGACCACAUGAAGCUGAAGGUCCAGGGCAUGGAGUGCCUGUACGGCUGCUACGUCCAUUCCUCCAUUGUGCCAACAUUCCACAGACGAUGCUACUGGCUGCUGCAGAACCCAGACAUUGUGCUGGUCCACUACCUGAACGUGCCGUCCCUGGAGGAUUCUGGGAAAUGCAGUCCGCUGCUGUGUGCGGUGUCGGACCGUCACGACAGCGUGAGGUGGAGCAGAGACGACCUGCUGAACCAGCUGAAGCCCAUGUUUCACAGUAUGAAGUGUUCAGUGGGCUCUGGAGAUUUCAGCAUCGAGGAGCUGGUUCAACACAUCCUGGACCGACAGAGAACCAAACCACAGCCCCGCACACACACCUGUCUCUGCAACACAGCCCAGGUCUCUUCAGGAGUGAACAUUCCUCACCGCUGCAACAGCACCAAGCAUCGCAUCAUCUCCCCCAAACUGCCUCCCUCCUCCUGCAGACCCUCCCCCUCCCCCCUCUCCUCUGAGGCGGGGGAGGCAGGGAGAGGAGGGGGAGGCGGAGGAGGAGAAGCCAAACUGCCUCACCUCCAGACUCAGAGCAGCCCCGCGUCGUCUCCCUGCCCCUCGUCCACCUCGGCCUCGUCUCCCCCUCAGCCCCACAGAGCCACCAUCACCAUGAGUAACCACGGCAACGGCUUCUACGGCGACCGCCGCGCCAACCUGACGACGGUGGCGCUGCCCCAGAACGCCGUGAUCGUCAUGGCGACGACGGCCACCAUCGCAGGGGGGAGAGCGGGUCAGGGAGGGGGAGGGGGAGGAGGAGGCGGGGCCAGAGGGGAGGAGGCGGGGCAUAGGAGGAGUCUGUCACUCACCCGCUCCGGCCAGUUACUGCUCUCCCCCGCCCUCCCCCCUCCUACCUGCAAGCCCGCCUCCCCCUCCCCUCCCUCCUCCUCCUCACCCGCUCCCUCCUCCCUCCCCCCUCCUGCUGUACAGGCGCCGGGGGUGGCCACCCUCUCCCUCACCCUCCUCCCCUCUCCUGUCAUUGGAGGCCUGCUCCUCACCCCCUCCUCCUCUAACACCUCCUCCUCCUCCCUCCACUCUCCCCCUCCUCCUGCAGCUGCCUCUCCUCCUUCUCCCCCUUCCUCCCCCUCACCGCCCCCUCCUCCACCGUCACUCCCCCCUGCCUUUGACCCCGACUCCUUCCUCAACUCCCCCAAACAGGGCCAGACGUACGGCGGGCCUCCUCCCUCCUCCUCCACUCCCUCCCCCAUCCUCUGCUCCUCAUCCCCUCUGUCUCCCCCCUCGCUCGCUCUCUCCCUCUCCCCCACCUCCACCCCUCCCUCCUCUGUCUCCCCCCCCUCCUCGCUCUCCUCCCUCUCCUCCUCCUCCUCCUCUGAGCCGGACAGGAGGGACUCGGCCCUCCCCCUCUCCUCCUCCUCGUCGCCCUCCCCGCCUUCAUCCUCCCUCGUCCCCCCCCUCUCCCUCUCCUUGUCUCCCACCUCCUCCGUGGCCCCGCCCCUCCUCCCCCUCUGCCUGGAGCUGGGGGCUCUGGGGGAGGCAGGGAGGGAGGAGGAGGCCAGAGGAGAUGAAGAGGAGGUGAAGGACAGGAGAGCAGAUGAAGAUGAUGAUGAUGAUGAUGAAGGCAGCGCUCCCCCCACCAAACUGGCUCUGCUGCAGCCAGGCCACGCCUCCUCCGCCUCAUCGCCAAGGCAACAGACAGGAAGCAGCGCCGCGUCGCUGCUCCUGGUUUGCCAGGACUCGGCAGCGGCCCAUCCCGUCACUCAGCCGGCCAAUCAGACGCAGCGGCAGGUGGACGGACAGCAGCCGUUGGUCCUGAGACGGCCCUACAGCCACCGGUCUGCGCCUGAAGCUCCGCCUCCGGCUCAGGUAUCCCAUCAGCCCCUGGUGCUGCCGCAGCCGUCGCUCUUUGCCAACGCCAGCGCUAACGCUGCGCCUGCCCCCGCUGCCGUCGCCAUGGACACCGCUAACCUGGCGACACCCCCGAUUCAGGUGAAGGAGGAGAGCAGGCGGGGCUACGACUCCGAGGACACCUGCAUGGACACGCACCUGGAGGAGGAGGAGGAGGGGGAGGAGGGGGAGGAGGCGGAGCCCUGCGAGAGGGGAGGGGAGGAGCUUGACAUCUCCUUCGACAGCCAGUUCCCUGACCUCAUCUCUGACCUCAUCACCGAGGAGGCCAAUCCCGUCGCAGCUCACCCCGUCACCGCCGCUGCUCCGAACCCGGCCGUGUUCCCGGCGGGGGUCCGAUACAUGGUGCCCCCCCAGCCCUCACCCUCCUCCUCCUUCCUCCCCUUCCCUCACCCCCUGCCCUCCUCCAGCUCCACCCGCCUCGCCUCCAUCACCGACUUCUCCCCAGAGUGGUCCUACCCCGAGGGCGGGGUGAAGGUGUUGAUAACCGGACCGUGGAGCGAGCUGUCGGGUCGAUACUCGUGUGUUUUCGAUCAGAGCACCGUCCCUGCGUCGCUGAUUCAGCCUGGAGUGCUGCGCUGCUACUGCCCCGCCCACGAGGCCGGUCUGGUGUGUCUGCAGGUUCUGGAGUCCGGAGGUUCAGUCUCUUCCUCGGUCCUGUUCGAGUACCGAGCGAGGAACGCCAGCUCCCUGCCCAGCUCCCAGCUCGACUGGCUCUCCCUGGACGAUAAUCAGUUCAGGAUGUCCAUCCUGGAGCGGUUGGAGCAGAUGGAGCGCAGGAUGGCAGAGAUGGCCGCUCGUGACAACAACAACCAGCAGCAGCAACAGCAGCAACAUCAACAUCAGCACGGCAACCACCUGGCAACGCCCCCUCCUCCACCUUUACCUGAGGAGCAUGAACAGUCCUCUCAGUGGUUUGAGAGGAGGAUUGUGGGAGUGUGUGAGCGGAUGAUGAGGGUCGGACGAUGGGGAGGAGGAGGAGGAGGAGGAGGAGCAGGAGCAGGAGCAGAGAGGCUGCAUCACUCCGUCCGUCACCGCGGGAUGACGCUGCUCCACCUGGCUGCUGCACAGGGAUACACACACCUGAUACACACUCUGAUCCACUGGAGGACUGUGAACAGCGACAGUCUGGACCUGGAACAGGAAGUGGAUCCUCUCAACGUCGACCACUUCUCCUGCACCCCGCUGAUGUGGGCGUGUGCUCUCGGCCACCAGAGGGCGGCGGAGCUCCUGUACAGCUGGAACCGUCUGGCUCUGGGGAUCCCUGAUUCGCUGGGACGCCUGCCGCUCGCCGUGGCCCGGUCACGAGGACACACCCGCCUCGCCACGGCGCUGGAGGAGCUGCACACGCAGCACACGACACACACGACGCCCAGGGACACACACACGCCGGCCACGCCACAGCCUCACCUGCCCCCGUCUCCUCUGUCCACCAGCCCGGACACAGGUCUGAGCUCCUCCAGCAGCCUCCCCUCCCCCAGCGACCCCUCCUCCCCCUCCCCGAGCUCUGCCUACUCCAGUGGCCCCGCCCCCAUGGACACCUCCCCUUCCUCCCCCUCUUCUCCCUCCUCCUCCUCCUCCUCCUCGCUGCCUGUGUCCCCCCCCUCUGCCUCCUCCCUCCCUCUCUCCUCUCUCCCUGCUGUGUCCAUGUGGGGGGAGGAGCCACGCGCCGGGUUCAGCCCAGGUAACACAGGUUUGAACCCCGGCGGCUCCACAGACUCUCCUCUGUACCUCAUGGAGUACGAGAGCGCCUCACCUGGCCUCACGCACACCUACGCACCCGUGGCGGCGGGCGGGCGGCGGGCGCACGCAGCGGCGACGCUGGAGGAGCAGCUGCUGAGCUACAGCGAGAACGCCGAGAACGAAGGCGAGGAGGAGGAGUACCUGGAGGAGGAGGUGCUGCAGGUCGACAUGGCGACGCUGGCAGAGCAGAUCAUCGAGGCGACCCCGGAGCGAAUCAAACAGGAGGACUUCCCCAGGGGGGCGGAGUCACCGCUCAGAGAGAGACGGGACAACCCCGCCAUCCAGGACACCUGGCUGGCGACUUACCUGGACACGGUCGACGCCCACACGCACUCCCCGCCCAGGCGGGUGUGCCCCCCCUCGCCCCUCAGCGCACUGGCCCUCCAGAGGCUCCGCCCCCCGUCGUCUGCGGCGUGGGCGGAGUUCCUGAACGCCUCGGCCAACGGGAAGAUGGAGAGAGACUUUGCCCUGCUGACGCUGACGGACGGCGAGCAGAGGGAGCUGUACGAGGCGGCCAGGAUCAUCCAGAACGCCUUCAGGAGAUACAAGGGGCGGAGGCUGAAGGAGCAGCAGGACAUGGCUGCAGCCGUCAUCCAGAGGUGCUACAGGAAGUACAAACAGUACGCCCUCUACAAGAAGAUGACCCAGGCGGCCAUCUUGAUCCAGUCCAAGUUCAGGUCGUACUACGAGCAGAAGCGUUUCCAGCAGAGCCGGCGGGCGGCCGUCCUCAUCCAGCAGUACUACCGCAGCUACAAGGAGUACGAGCGACUCAAACAGGCCCCGAGGGGCGCCGCCAGCCACAACCCCAAGAUCAAGGGCUCGUUCCUGACCAAGAAACAGGACCAGGCAGCGAGGAAGAUCAUGAGGUUCCUGAGACGCUGCAGACACAGGAUUAAAGAGCUGAAGCAGACGAGGGAGCUGGAGAGGAGAGGACUGACCACUUAGACCACUUCAUCCCUCCUUCAUCUCCUGGAGGAGGAGGAGGGGGAGAGGUGUUACUCUGAUGUAUAAAGAAAAGAAACGACUGAUGGAGAGAAGGACAGAGAGACAGAGAGACGCCUUACCCCAACUCUUCUUCUGUCUGUCUGUCUGUCUGUCUGUCCUGGGUGAAUGUAGCUGUCUGUCUGCAGCUUAGAAGGAGCUUCGUUCAGAAGCGUCUCGCCCUCCUCUCUGUCUCACAGGCAGGGUGUAGCUGAGGUUGUGUUGCCCUGAGCAGUGUCUGACAGGAAGCAGGACGGACUCUGACUCUGCUGAUUCUCUCAGCGUCACUGAACGUGUAGAUUAACGUGAAAACCAUAAGGCUGUGUUCAGCUCGUCCCUGUCUCCUGGGAGACGAAGCUCAGGGCAGAAGGAACCCUGACAGGAUCAGUGUUUCUCCUCCUUCCCAUGAUCCACUGCUGUUUACCUGUGCAGGUGCGGGCGCUGGCUGAGCGGAGCUCUUUGUUUGGAGUCUGUGGACUUCAACAUGUACAUGAUUCUGACAAAGCUACUAAAUAUAUUUAAACAGUCACAUAUAGAAACGUAUAGAGAUAGAGAUCUAUAUUCUAAAGGUGGUUUUUAUUUAUUACAGCAUGAACUGUUAAUGUGAGUGUGUGAGCGCGUGUGUGUGAGUGUGUGUGCUGCACAGACUGUAAGAGUCGAGUCUUAAGGAGCCCCCGCCCCCCCUCCCUCCAUGACCUCUGACCUCUGACCUCUGACCUCAGAUGAAGCAGAAACACUAAACAUGACUGAAUCAAACAUGGCUCCGUUUACUUCCUUUGUUAAAGGAAGGCAGUGACGUCACUGAUGACAUCACCUGUGUGCUACUGAUGUCAGAGGUCAGACCAGCGGGGGGGGGGGGGGGGUUGGGGGGGGUUCCCUUCAAACCGUAUUUUAACGUGUCCGGUACUUUUCACGGCGGUGCUGACGGAGCAGCACUGCAACAACAACAACAACAACAACAACAACAACGACAGCAACAACAACAACAACAACAACGACAGCAACAACAACAACAACAACAGCUGCUGCUGCUGUUUCCCGCCUCUGUUUUGAUACGGCGUGCUUUUCAUAGGCAGAGACUGAACGAUGCUGCGUCGUCACGGCGACCACGGCCUCCAGCACCGAGCAUGAGCCGCUUCUUCUUUUUCUUUCUGACGAGUCGAUGGACGGGUUUUUCUUCCUCUUGGCGUUUGUCAGUUCGAGCAGUCGGACGCUGAGUCGGCAUCGAGCUGUUGCAGUGAAGCUUUGCAUGAGUUUGUAUUUAACUGUUCUGCACCAUCAGUCAGCAUCAUUCUACAGGUGAAUAAAUCAGCUGUUUGCUACC